AUGAAGCUUUCCAACGUUUCCCUUUUGGCGUAUACUGGCCUUGCCUCGGCCCUAACGCAACAAUGCACUGGCAAUGCCGUCAACGAGGGCGGCAACUGGUUCUGUGGUGUCAUUGAGGAGAUCCUUUACCAAGGAUUCUCUGGCAAGGGUAGCUAUCAAGCUGUGAGCAAGAUGGGUGGUGAUGGAUCUUGCCAGAGAGAGUCCGUCUCCUACGAUGGUGCUCUUGGACCCCUUAGCGAGGAUCUCUCUGUUCACAUUCGUGGCCCUUUCAAGCUCAAAGAAUUCGCCGUUUAUAACCUCGGUUCGAGCAAGAAGAAGCGUGACACCGAGACGGCGCCCUCUCCCCAUGUCCACGGCCAUCGCCAUCUCCACGAACAGCGUAAGAAGAAGCGUGGAGACUGGGUCACUGCUACCAUUGAUGGAAAGGUAGUGUCCUGGGAGAACAACUGGUUCGGCGGCUCUGCUACUCAGGCUGCCCCCGCUGUUGCUGGUGCUCCUUCAAACAAGCCCGCCUCAAAGUCCGAGGAGGCGAAGAAGUCUCCAAAGGCUGGUUCGCAAUCCGACAAGAAUACCAAAAAGGUUGAUAACUCAAAGACAAACUCGUACUCUGGUUCCUCUGGAGGAAACUGGAAGCGUACCUCUUACUACAACGCUCAGCAACGAGUUGCUGACAAUGUCAUGUUCUUGGGUAACUAUGGUGGCGAGGGUUCUGGUGUCUUUGACAACACCUGGGGUAACUCCCUCUCUUAUCUCAAUGCCAAGGGAACCGGUGGCUCUUCUUCUCCCAAGGUCCUGAAGCAUAUUUAUAUCCCUUCCAACAAGGAAUUCUCCAUCUGGAGUGCUGAGAAGUGCGACGAGAGCUGUGGCUACUCCCGUGCUCAAGAUGUCGCAUAUAAGGGAUUCUCCGGUUCCAACAAGAUCUUUCUCUUCCAGUUCAAGAUGCCUUUUGACGGCAACACCGGUUUCAACGGCGACAUGCCCGCUCUCUGGGCCCUCAACGGUCGUAUCCCCCGCACCGGCCAGUACAGCGAGUGCAGCUGCUGGAAGACCGGCUGUGGUGAGGUUGACAUCUACGAAGUCCUCGCUUCAGGUGAUGACAAGUGCAAGAGCACUUUCCACAUGAACAAUGGUGCUGGAAGCUCCGACUAUUUCAAGCGUCCUGCCGACAAGUACAUCAAGAUCGCCGUUGUCUUUUGCGAGCGAACCUCGAGCGUUGCUAUCAAAAAGCUGCCCGAUAACUUUGACUUUGGCUCGUCGUUGAGUGAUGAGACUGUUCAGUCUUGGGUCAAGGAGAUGUCUUCUCCCAAGAAGGGCAGCAGCUUGUUCCAACUUGUGGCCUAG